AAGAAGUGCUCCAAGUGUUGUAUUAGUCGAAUUGUCAGAAUUGUCAGAAUUGUUUGUUAUUAAAUCGAGUGCGUUUGUCGUGUUUGUUUGUGAUUUAACUGAUUAAGAAGUGAAAAAAAAGAAAGAAAAAUUGAUUCAAAAGAAAAAUUAUAUUUUUUUCCAAGGCAUAAAAUAAAUUUUAACAAAAAAAAUAUCAGGCUAUAAUAAAUGAAUGGCUGAGCCUUUUAAGGAAAAAUUCAGGAAGAAAUUGCUAAAGUGAUUGUUGUGUCUGGCUGGCUAGAGUACAUAUAUUGAUAUAUAUAUGUAGAAAAAAUACUCGUCAUCACGUCAUCACUUUGUUUAAUGAAAGGGGUGGUGGAAGGUUGCUUACGAGUAUGUAAAUACGUUUGUGGUGCAAAUUACAAUAAUAACAACAACGAUAGAAGAAACUAAAAUGUAUGCGUUUGUAAAUACGUUAACACAUAUUGCAGAAACUGAAAAGUUAUGUGGAAAAAUAUGUGUACAACUGAAAUGGUGCUUAAUUAAGGCGAUCUAACGAAUAUAAAAACAAAAUAAAAAAAUGUUUUAAGAAAUUUAUAGACAAAUUACACACACACAAACAUAAUGAAAUAUAAAAAAUGAACCAAAUAUUCGAUUAAUAUGAAUAGAAGAAUAAUACGCACAUUAAGCUCAAGCGUAGAACUCGGUUACGGUUGUACUAAAUCAUUAAUUACUAAGUAAAUAUCUUACGAUUAAACGCUUUCGUAGUUCUAAUAUACGUUCAACAAAAAAAAAAAUUAGAACGCUUUCAAAUCUUGAUUUGCGAAGUGUGUGCGUACGCACUUACGAACAUAUAUAAUGCCUGCCAUGGGUAGUGUUUGGAAACGUUUGCAACGGGUUAAUAAACGCGCAGCCAAAUUUCAGUUCACUGCCUCUUAUCAUGAACUGCGUUUGGAAACUACAGCCAAAUGGCGGCCAUCAAACUUAUCUGUAGUUUGGACAAGGCGUUCGCGACGAGUCGCUUCAGCGCCUUUACCUUGGGAACCAGAUAUGAUGAAUCCGUUAAUUGGCCAUAUAUCGUGGCCGGUUCCCGAUAAUCAUUCAAUCUCCGUGACGCUUUUCAAAGAUGCGCGUACUCAUGAGCUGGAGGAUAAAGAUUGGACCUUUGUCAUUGAAGACAUUACCCCGCUGGGUAAGAAACGUGUAUUGGCCAAUGCGAGCAUAAAUAUGCGUAAAUAUGCCAGUAUCGAGUCAACUCAGCAAAGUUUUACUUUAAAUUUAAAGCCGGUAUCACGUAAAAUCACCGCCGCCGAGUUGGAAUUAACCAUCAGUUGUGUAUUCCUAAGGGAAGGAAAAGCCACCGAUGAAGAUAUGCAAAGCGUUGUCUCCCUAAUGUCGGUCAACAAUAACUGUGAUGUUGCUCCGCUGGAUGAUCUAGAAGAUAUACCAGACUUGGAAAAUUCGGCCGAUAUCUCAGAUCAUUUAUUCGAUUUUACGCAACAAUUGGAACAAAUGACUACCAGCUUAAAUGGCUGCAUGGAUUUACCGACGCCAUUGAGUGUACCUUCUUUAUCAGAAGAUCCCACCCCAUUGGCUGAGUUUAAUAACUUGAAUUUCGAACUUGAAUCAGAUAAACAAAUGAACACUGAUUAUGUGACCGAAAUGCCGGAAGAUACUCUAAAGACACCAAGUGCGGUAACACUGCCCGUAACGCAGCAACAAUCACCACAACAACUACAACUACAAAAACAACAACAACAACAACAACAACAAAUUCCACAACAACAAUCAGUUCCUAUGGAAAUAAAUAAAGAAGAUAUCUGUGAGUUGACGGAAUUUGCUUCUAAGACAGAUAUAAAGUUCAAUAAAAUAUUUACCUCGACACCUAUCAGCAAAGUAGGUGAAAAGCCAAAGUUGGAAAAGGAUAUGUUCGAAAGUAAUAGUAGUGCUAGGAAGGUAUUGAACUUUUCAAACAAUCAGGAAUCAACUAAAGAGAUAACAAAUAGUAAUAAGUUUAUAGAAUCUCUUAAUACAAAUUUAACAGAGAAAAAAAAUGACGAAAAUAUUUUAAAAGAUUUGAAAAGUAAAAUAAACGAAUCAUUCGAUGAUUCGAAUAUCACAUCAAUUAGUUCCGUGAAUAAUGCUGAGGAAACCAAAGAAGAGCAACAAAUAAAAGAUGAUAAGAAACAUUCUCCCGCUAAUAAAUCGUCUGAUGAUGUCAGGAAAUUGUCUAAUUGUACAAUUAUUAAUAAAACAGAAACGAAACGUCCCGAAUUGCAGCCCUUAAAUCUGAAAAAAUCCUAUGAAUCGAUAGAUAAUAAUGUUAACGCUUCUACUACAACGCAAUGUACUUCAAUUAACACCAAUACUACCACUACAAAUGCCAAUGUCAAUGCCAAUGCCAAUGCCAAUGCGAAUGGCCAUUUGCUUACAAGUAAUUCCAAUAAGCCAUUGGAAAGAAUUAUACUCAAGGAGAAUACUCCAGGGCAGGAUUUACUAGAGUGGUGCAAAGAUGUUACCAAAGACUAUCCUAACGUUAAGGUUACUAAUUUAACUACCAGUUGGCGUAAUGGUAUGGCCUUCUGUGCUAUUAUCCAUAACUUUGAACCGAAUCUAAUUGAUAUGUCUAAACUGACACCACACGACGUGGUGGGUAAUUGCCGCAUUGCUUUCGAUGCAGCCGAAUCUUUGGGUAUACCGCGCGUUAUAGAGCCACGCGAUAUGAGCUUAUUGGCAGUACCAGAUAAGUUAGCUGUCAUGACAUACUUGCAUCAAUUGCGUGCCCAUUUUACUGGCAAGCAACUACAAAUUGAACAAAUCGGUCCAACUUCAGAUGAAUCUAGUUAUGUAAUUGGCAAUUAUAAAACGGAUAACCUUUCAACGCAAAAUCUCUUACAAUUAUCACAUUUGAAGGCGCAUCUAUUGCAUCAGAAUUCUUUGGAUGAUGAUAUCAUCAUUGGGACCGUUAACAGCGGCAUAGAUAGCAACAAGUCUCAGAUAUCACCGACAGCUAAGAAAGAUGUGAAAAAUCUCAUAUUAUCCGGUUCGAAAAGCAUAUUAGGGAAAAUGUUAUCCCCAACUAAAGACAAAAAUACCAUUAAUGCAUCACAGCAUUCAUAUUUAAAUAAUACUGUACCGAUUAACACUUCACCGCUUAUCGAGGAUAAUGAGAACAUAAAUAACAUGAAUAUGGGAGAUAAGGCAGAAAAUGGAAUCAUCAGUGCGAAAACUAAGGAAGAUGAGCAUAUAAAUCACAAUGCACAACAACCAAUAGCGCAACAACAGCAACAACAACAAAACAAUACUGCAACAAUAGUGGCACCGUCAUCACCCACAAGUCUAGACGUUCACACAGCUAAUAAAAUUUUAUCGCGUCACAGAGAACAAAGUGAAAAAGCACGUUUGAUGAUGGAGAAAUUAAGAAUUUCUCAAAACGAUAAAAACAUACAUGACGAAGAACGACAACAACGCUUACGGGAACAAGCUCGCCGUUUAAUACUCGAGACACGCCAUAAAUCCUCAUUGGGAUCCAAUCUGGAAAGUCCAUCGUCUCCAACUAAAUCCAAACGCUACAAUUUUUCAUCGGAACGCACUAUAUCUCCUAUUAAUAAUGGACCUGAUGAUUAUGAGAUUAACACAUCAACGACAUCAACCAAUUCAACUGAACAAAAUAAUGGUUCUCCUAACGCGUCUUUAAGUCCUACAAAGAAAAUAAUUCCACUACGUGAAAUCGAACAUAGUAAUAGUAAAUCAUGCCCUAGUCAUAGAUUAAGUAAUGAGCAGCGCUUUACAAACGGCGACAACAGUUCACUGCAGUCAUUCAAUGCAGUAAUCGAACGUAUAUCACCAAAGAAUGAGAAGAAGUCCGACAAACUCUCCUAUAUUGAAUCCGAAUUGGAGGCUUUGGAACGUGAACAAGAGGCCAUUGAUCAAAAGGCUAGCAGUUUGGAGAAAAAAUUACGAGCUGUUAUGGGCGGUAAACCAAGUAAUAAUCGUUCAAGUCAAAAUCCUUUCCUUAGAUUAAUACGCAAUAGUAUCGGUGGUGGUGAAACGAUACGCAUUAAAUUGCUAGAUUUUGAGAAUGGUGAAUUCUCUUUAACGCCCUCGGGUGAUUCAUCAGAUUCAUCAACGUCAUCGCUAUCGCUGUCUACAUCCUCACUAAGCAGUAGAGAUGAUAUGAAUCAACAUCAUAAUAUCCAUCAAACUAAACAAAUAAAAACGAAACGUUCGCGUCAUCCUUUAUCGCAUAGUAUACGACGUCAACGAUCCAAAUCCUGCGUUGUUGACAUUAAUUACCAAAGAAAUAAUAACAAACAUAAUAAUAGUACAAAUCAAAUGCCUUUAACCUCCUCAUAUAAUACAACUCAGCCUUAUAGUUUGUUAUCCUCAACCUCAUCAAAUCAUUCCUCUUGUGAUAAUUUUAAAAUUUGUAGUGACGAAGAAGAAACUGUACCGCGUAGAGUUAGAAGACGCCGUCGUAAACGCCAUUCAAGACAUCACCCAGAUUCGUCAAGACAUUACAAUAAAUGCGGUGGCGAAACAGAAGAAACCGAGGAACAAUUACUUUCACAAUGGUUUACUUUGGUUAAUAAGAAAAAUGCUUUACUACGACGUCAAAUGCAGUUAAAUAUUUUAGAACAAGAAAGUGAUUUAGAACGUAAGUAUACAAUGUUAAAUCAAGAAUUGCGUGCCGCUCAGUCUGUGGAAGAUUGGCGUAAAACUGAAGCUCAACGCGAAAAAGAACGUCUACUACUAGCGGAACUAGUAGCAAUCGUUGAUAAACGUAAUGAACUGGUGCAACGUUUACAUAAUGAAGAAAUUGCCAUUGAAGAUGAUCAUGAGAUAGCUCGUGAACUGGAACAGGUGGAUAUUAGUGGUGGCAAAGAGAAAUGUGUUAUCCAGUAAACUGUUUUGGAUGAAAUGAUAUACAACGGAAUUUAAGAGACUUCCAUGACUGCUUUAAAAAUUAAUAACAACAAAAUAAAAUUUAAAAAAAAAAAGGAAAAACUUGGAACAGCAAACUUUGACAUUAUAUUUAUCCAAUAAAUUUACCAUUUUUUCAAAAAAGAAAAAAAAAUUAAGAGAUAUUGAGAAAAGAAGAAAGUAACUUUUUUUUUUUUUUUUUUUUGCUAAAAUCCGUAAAAUGUUGUAUAAUUAAAAACGGAAAAAAGAAAAAAAAUGCCUGUGAGUGUUUAGCUUUAAAUGGUAAAUGGUUAAAAAAAAAAACUUAAGACGAAGACAAACAUUUAAAAAAAUCUUAAGAUUUCACAAAGUAAUUUAUU